CUGUUUUGUUUUUUUUUCCUUUUAAUAGGAUUCCGCUAUGAGCUGUAUUGUGUUGCUAAGUCAAGUUCCACGCCUCACUGUGUGCAGGUUGUGUAGCGAUGUAAUGAACCCUCUCUGCUAUCAUACCAGCCAUUGUUUCAUAUAGUAGCCAUUUCUUUCAGGUGUACUGUGCAGCUAGCCUGCAACAGUGCAGUGAAUGGAACAAGAUUAGGCUAGAAGCAGAACAGUAUUCUGAAGACAUACUUGAACAACUUGCGCGAUGUUUUGAAAUGCCCAAUUCUCAGACUCGAUGGGAUAGUCCUUUAUUUGUGAUUCAAAAAGGAGAUGAAUUACCAAAGCAGAAAAUUACAGAUGCUCUAUUUUCUCGAAAGGCUCCACCUCCAAAUAUGUCAACGCAAUCACAACCUUUGUCAUCAACAAACUUUCUCUAUGAUCUUGAUUGUGUGACAAAUAAUACAAUAAAAACAAUUAUGCAAUCUCAGAGUUCGAGUGUCCCAGGAGAUCAACUUACUAUUCCAGGAGUGGAAGAGAAAUAUUUAAUCGUCACCUACCAUUAUCAGAACUACAGCGGUACAGACGACAGUUUAUUACUUACACAAAAAUGCAUCCUGUCGAAGAUACGAAGAGACUUUCUACUAUGUUUGUAUCAUAUCUUAAUAGUUAUAUUAGUUAACAAUAAUAUAUUUAUAUUUUUCAAAUUUAUUAUUUUUUGAAUAAAGAUAUGGAAAAUAA